AAAAAAAAAAACCCUAGCAGUAAAAAAAAAAAAAAAGAUGUAAAAGAUGGCGGAGCUACAGAUGCUCCUGGAGGAAGAAAUUCCAGCCGGACGGAGAGCUUUGCUGGACAGUUUCACCAACCUCGAAAGAGUCGCCGAAUACUGCGAAAGUAAUUACGUUCAGUCUCCAGAUAAGCACAGAGCACUGGAAGAAACAAAAAACUACACGACUCAGUCUCUGGCCAGUGUCGCCUACCUGAUCAACACACUCGCUAAUAAUGUGCUGCAGAUGCUGGAUAUCCAGGCGUCACAGCUACGCCGCAUGGAGUCCUCCAUCAACCACAUCUCACAGACAGUGGAUAUACACAAGGAGAAGGUAGCAAGAAGGGAGAUUGGCAUCCUGACAACCAAUAAAAACACCUCCCGCACCCACAAAAUUAUUGCUCCAGCCAAUCCUGAGCGGCCGGUGCGUUACAUACGGAAGCCUAUCGACUACAAUGUGCUGGAUGAUAUUGGCCAUGGAGUAAAGGUUGGAAAUCAGAGCAUGAAGAUUGGGGGUCUUCCUCGUACAACCCCUCCGACACAAAAACCUCCGAGCCCUCCAAUGCCUGGAAAGGGAACUAUAGGGAGACACUCCCCCUAUAGGACCCUGGAACCAGUGCGUCCUCCUGUGGUUCCUAAUGACUACGUCCCCAGCCCGACGCGCAACAUGGCACCUGGGCAGCAACAGAGUCCUGUGCGCACUGCGUCACUGAACCAGAGGAACCGCACAUAUAGUGGGAGCAGUGGAGGAAGCCAUCCCAGCAGUCGCAGCAGCAGUCGAGAAAAUAGUGGGAGUGGCAGUGUGGGAGUGCCGAUUGCUGUGCCCACUCCCUCUCCCCCUAAUGCAUUUCCAGCUGGUGCCACCAGCUGUUCUUCUACUUCACUUAACUCCACCCAGCCUUCUGCCGCCUGCUCUAAGUCUGCCCCCACCCAGUCCUUAACCAGCCUCAGUGCUCCUGCUGAGCUUUCCCCCAUGUUUCCCCCUGCCGCUGAGGCUAUAGCUGAACCGCCUUCUUCUUCUCAACCCUUUACUCCUGCUGCAGCUUCUGCCACCUCCUCUGCCUCCUCCUCUGCCUCUUCCUCAUCUUCCUCCUCUUCCUCCACUACCCCUGCACCAGGCUCUGCCCCUCAGUUCUACAGUAUGAACAGGCCUGUACCUAGACAGAUCACACCCCCUGUUGGUGGCUCUCUGCCUUACCGCCGCCCGCCUUCUGUCAGCAGCCAGUCCGCUAUGCCUGCCAGCCAGCAGAACGGAGGACCAUAUUACAACCAGGGCCAAGCCUCAGUGGCGCCCCCUCCCCCGUCCAUCCUGCAGAUUACUCCUCAGCUCCCUCUCACGGGCUUCGUGGCUCGAGUUCAGGAGACCAUUUCAGAUGCUCCUCCUCCACCUCCUCCUACGGAGGAGAGUAUGUUUCAAGAAGUGCAGCCUCCUCCUCCACCUCUGGAGGAUUAUGAAGAAGAGGAGUCCUCGGUGGUGGAGUACAGUGACCCAUACGCUGAGGAAGACCCGCCUUGGGCUCCCUGUGCUUACUUAGAGAAAGUGGUGGCAAUCUACGACUACGCACAAGACAAAGAAGACGAACUGUCAUUCCAGGAAGGGGCAAUCAUCUACGUUAUCAAGAAGAAUGAUGAUGGUUGGUAUGAAGGUGUCAUGAAUGGCACUACUGGACUCUUCCCUGGUAACUACGUGGAGUCCAUCAUGCACUACACAGAGUGAAGCUUGAACCAGUGCGGUCAGCACUAAAGCUAACACACAUGGGUCUUCACACAGACAGCUGUUACAGCAGAUGGGUUACAUCAAAUGUUCAGGCAGGAGUGAGAAGAGCAAACUUCAAUGGUCGAGAAAUUAAAAUGAACCGUGUUGGCUUUCCACCACAGACCGAGGGGAAGAAAUGCAAUAUUAGAGUAUAAUAAAAUGUACUAACAAGAAAAUCCUGUUACUCUUAUGUUUGGUGAAGGAUUUGGAGCACAACCACUAUUUUUUGUGUUUGACUAAGAAGAAAAGUUAUGAAGUAGUUUUGCGAUUGAAGAUAAGAUUCAUAUUCUGAAGAUGGCAGUGGCUUAAAAAAAGUGAAUAUCCCUCUCUAUUUUUACAUUACUUGUAUAAUUUCAUUCUCAACAGAUGUCCUGGAAGUGUUACAAAGACCACAGGUUUACAUAAGUUUUAUGGAAAGCAGUUGAAAAAGGGAAAACACUACAUCCAUAUUCUGCAGUAGAGCAGUUGGAAAAUGUUCAGCAGAAUGUUAUAGCAUAAUCAGUGCAAAGGAAAGACAGGAGAUAUCUAGUUCAUGCAUAUGGAAAUUGCUUGAAACAUGUGUAUUAAUGGAUUUAAUCCUUAGGCAGGAACUAGUUAUCUAACCUCAUAUGUUGUUUAACUCCCUGAGCUGCCAUUUGAAGUAACUAGAUUUUAGGUAAUAUUCCAACCCAGGAUACAGAGGACUGUAACUUUCAUAGUUUCACUUUGAACAGCAUUUUAAGUGAAAUGAAAAUUAUGGUUAAAAUUCUUGUCAUAACAAUUAGUUCUAGGUAAAAGCAAAGGAGAAAUGAUGGGAACAAACAAUCCUAAUUUGCAGAGAGGGGCAGUUCCUUUGAGGAGAGUGAAACUGUUAAACAACUAGAGCCCUCCAGUGUUUUUUUUUUUUUUUUUUUUCCCCUCCCCCUGAACAGUGUUACAUUAGGCAGAUUACAGUCGCACAUCUCAGCAGCAAAAUACACCAUGGUAAGAAUUUGGAAACCCCCAAAGCAUGCAGUAUGUUAGAGUGCAUCCCAUAUUUUUUUCCCUUUUUUUUCCUUUUUUUUUUUUUAAAAUCGUGUAUAUGUAUUAUGUAGUGACGCUAACAAUCUAGCCAAGUUGAGUUUUGAUAUGAUGUGUAGUGCUACAUACAUUGCAUGCUCAAUAAAACAGAUCAUAUUUUUUAAUUUAACAUUCUUUUUCUUAUUUUUUUUUUUACCUUUCCAUUUAAUUAUAUAGUUAAUUUCUCAGCAAUAGUUUAUGCUCUUGCUAAGAAUUUCCACAGUGUGAAUUUGCAGUCGGGUGCCAAUGAAGUGUGUUUAAAUAUAUUUUUGUGCCAUAUUGUAAGGUUGAAAUGCUUAUAUAAUGCCUGACAAUUCUGCUCACCAUUACUUCAUCCUCUGUACUCCAUUAACUUUCUAAAAAGAUUUAGCUGAUGUUCAGCUCUGGAUUACAGCAGGGAUGAGUAAUGUUCUCCACACCUUGAAGUUCAGAUAGGAAAGGGCACAGUAAGCGCAAGGUUGAGGAGCAAUAAAAAUGGCAGCACAGUUAUAUUCCUUAUAAGGACUUGCAAUAAUACCUGGUGAAAUGAUGUGUUUAAAGAUGUUAAUUUUGUAUUUGCUCAGUAUUGAAAGCACACAGUUUUGCAGAUGGGAUGAAAACUGCUUUGUUUAUGCAGGCAGGCAUAUUUAUAUUCGAGAUGGGACCGUUACUGUCUUAAAACUGAACACAACAGAUAAACGUAAACCAAGAAUGAGUUUAGUUUUGCAGUUUCUAGAGAUUUUCAGAAAUUAUACAGUUGUGCAUCAACUACAGCUAUAUAAAUAACAAUAUAUAUUUCUAUUUCCAUGUGUGUGAGUGCAACUGUGCCGGUGCAACUGUGUUAGUGUGCUGCAGUUUUCCUUUACAAUGUGCUUAUAAAGUGAAUUAAUUUGGUAUUUGCAUGCUGCUGUUCUGUGCAUUUGUUCACAUGUAUGAGUAAUCGUGCUGUUUUAGGACCUUUGCUACUCUUACUUGGGCAGCAGUGUAUUUGCUCUGAAGCUAAAACACUAACACGCAAGUGUGAUAAAUGUCACAAACAGCACUUAAAAACAAGCUUGUAAACUGGGACCACUUAACAUUAUAGCUAACUAGUAGAAGGCAUCAUCCAGACCAAAAAGGACACAAGAACAAAUGCAGAUGAAUAAACUGUAUGAUAAUAAAACCAUUGGAUCUGAU